AUGGCGUCCAAUCCAUCUCCCGGUAAUGGCGUCUAUCCGAACGGUCCCAGCAUGCGCCAGCCAAGUCUGUCAUGGAUGUAUAGACUCGAAUGCGACAUAUCGAAGGAAGAGUUAGAUCUGGGAGCGGCGCACGAUGCUGGCACAAUUCGCAAGAUCUCGAAUAUUGAGAGAGGAACCCUCAAGGGCCUGGACAUCGAAGCAACCCUCUUACCACUAGGUGGCGCAGACUGGCUGACGGUCAUUAAAGGAACCCAUUCCAUGACAUUGGAUGCGCGAUAUACUGCCCGCACCACAGAUGGACAUUACAUCUACUUCCGCGCACACGGUCUCUAUCGUCCUGGUCCGGGCACAGACUAUGCAAUGGCAGUUGAGCAUGAUUGGGAACAGCCGCCCAAGGCAGUGGUGACUCAAGAUGAUGUGGAGUUCUUCUCUCAUCUGCGUUUAGAGGCGGGACCUGGCCCGUAUAACUGGGUGAAUGGGUUGAUUUGCGUGGGAGUCAUGGUCUGCGAACGUGAAAAGAUUUGGAUUGAUGCGUAUCGUCUGACUAAUUUUCCGGACCGGAAGCCGGAGAGUGUUGUUGCCAAAUCUUGA